CCCUCCCCUGGUCUGGAAAGCUGAGCACAGAGGGACAGAGGGACAGAGCCCCCAGAAAUGUCGCUCCUUAGAUGCAGGUUCCAGGCCCUGCCCUCCCUCUGCUUCUGCGUUCUGGUCCUGGCCUGUAUUGUGGCAUGCCAGCUGCAAAUGCCUCCAGGAACCCAAAGCCCCCCACCAGAGCCGAAGAGUCACUGGAGCCAGGUACAAAGUAAGGUGAAAGAGCUGGUGGAGCCACUAGUGACCAAGACCAGAGAGAGGUGGCAGUGGCUCUGGGGCCCUGGGCCCUUCCAGGGCUUUCUGCAGACCUACUACCAUGACCACCUGAAGGACCUGGGUCCUCGCACCAAGGCCUGGCUCCGCAGCUCCAAGGAUGGCCUCCUGAACAAAGCCCAAAGCCUGUGUCCCAGGCUUCUCUGUGGGGACAAGGACCAGGAUUAGAAUGUUCAUACGCACCAGGCAUGGUGCUCAGUGCGUACAGUUCCAGCUACUUGGGAGGCUGAGGCAGGGGGAUUGCUUAAUCCCAGGAAUGCAAAUUCAGCCUGGGCAACAUAGCAAGACCUCAUCUAAAAAAAAAGUUCUUAUUUAUACCUCUCCCCAACACCCAUAAUAAAGAAAUUCUUAUCUGCG